GAUGGAUUUAGAAGAGAGAGAGGUUUGCGUAAGAUUAAAUGCUAGCUGUGAGUGAAUUGUAUUUGAAAUAGGUUUAAUAGGUUACGUCAGUUUUUGCAUUUAAAACCACGAAAUCGCAGUUCAUAACAGACAGUUUAUGAAUGUAACGAAUAGGCAGGGGACAGAAGUACUCUAGAUUUCGGACACUUUGGAUACGUAAACAUAAUGUUUGAUUAUUGGAGUAUUAUCCUGUCAGGUGUGGUAGUGUUUUUGUUUAUAUGGUGGCGGAAAACCACGAGAGAUUCUACCCUUCCCCCCGGACCCCCGACAGUGCCAUUCAUUGGAAAUCUCCUCAGUGUAAAUCCAGACACGUUAUUGGAGAAAUUCGAAGAGUACAAAAAUAAAUAUGGUGACGUAUUCAGUCUGGUCACUGGUUCCAAGGUACUCGUCGUUGUAAGUGGAUAUGAUACCCUGCGGGAUGUAUUCAUAAAACAUGGCGAUGUCGUAUCCGAAAGACCUAACAUUUUCAUAACAACGGAGAUUGGUAAAAAGAAAGGUCUGUCAACUGCCUCUGGAGCAUUAUGGAAAGAACACAGGACCUUCACUUUAAAUGCAUUGAGAGAAUUCGGGUUCGGAAAACGAAGCUUGGAGUCCAGAAUCAUUGAAGAAAUAGAAGUGUUCGUUGAAGAAAUCACUUCCAAAAAAGGAGAACCUUUCAACAUUCAUUACUUGAUAAAUGUCUGCGUCUCCAACAUUAUGUGUUCAAUCGUCUUUGGCCAUCGUUAUGACCAUAGCGAUAAAAACUUUCUAUCCUUGCUAGAUAAGAUCAACCACAAUUUGAGCAACGAAAAUUUAGUUUUUAUUGCAACCAUAUUUCCAUUUGUUAGAUACAUUCCAGGAGAUACGUGUCGAAUAAAAAGGGUUUUGUCUAAUGUUGUGGAUGUGGAAAACCAUCUUCGUCAAAUUGUAAAGGAUCACGAGAAAGAGUUUGACGAAAAUAAUCCCAGAGACUUCAUUGAUAUUUACAUGAAGAAAAUGAAGUCGGAAAAAAUUAAUCCAAACACAACUUUUGAUGAAGAGCAAUUAUUAAAGAUUCUUGGUGAACUUUUCGUGGCGGGUACAGAGACAACUUCAACUGCUCUUCGAUGGUUUUCCUUAUUUAUGAUCAGACAUCUUGAUGUCCAGGAUAAGAUGCGCAAGGAAAUAAAUGACGUCACUGGUUCUUCGCGAUACCCAAAUAUGGAAGAUAAACAAAAUCUCCCAUACUGUGAGGCAGUAAUACACGAAGUGCUCCGCUUUGGAUCCAUUGCUCCGAUCUCUGUUCCUCAUGGACUGACAUGCGAUCUUCCUUACAAAGAUUUCACAAUUCCUAAAGACGCUCUUCUCAUUCCUAAUUUGCAUUCUGUCCUCUUUGAUGAGAAAAUAUUUCAAGAACCCCAUGUCUUUCGUCCUGAAAGAUUUUUGGAUGACAAAGGAAAUCUUCAGAAUACCGAGAGAGUCCUGGCAUUCUCACUUGGUCGAAGAGUGUGUUUAGGAGAAGCUUUGGCAAGGAUGGAAUUGUUCUUGUUUGUGACGUCAUUGAUACAGAGAUUUAAGCUUCUACCAGAGGAUCCAGAUCAUCUGCCACCAGUUGAAGGAGUUCUUGGAAUUACUUACGCACCUAAAGACUUUGUUUUGAAAGCGGUUAGCGUUUAGGUUAAUGAAAGCCAUGCACAAUUAUUUGACAAUUCUUUUCAAUAAAAUCUGAAAAUAA